AUGGAGAAGAAAUUAAGAGAAAAGUUUUUGCCUUUAGACUAUGCACAAACUCUAUUUCGUAGAUUUCAAAAUCUGAAGCAAAACUUAUCUACUCUACAAGAUUACACAGAUGAAUUUUACCAGUUAUCCAUUCAGGUUGAGCAUCAAGAAUUUGAUGAACAAAUGGCUGCUAGGUAUGUAAAUGGAUUGAAGUUUUCAAUUCAGGAUGAAUUAAGCAUGCACCAGAUCGACAAUAUGGAAGAGGCCUAUCAGCUAGCUCUAAAGGCAGAAGAAAAACAAAACAGACAAUAUUUUCAAAGGAAUAGAGGAGCAAGAAGGGUUACUUCAUCUCCUUCACGUGGUGGUUCAAGUUAUGGUAUGGGAGAUUCAUCCCAAGGAGUAGAGAAGCAAGAUGAUACCUGCCCAAAGCCCUCUAAUCUACAACAAGGAUGA